AUGGUGCGUGCAAUAGUAAGUGACGUAAUGAUGUAUCUUCUUAGAAGAAGUGCACUGGAGAUAUUUAUGGUGGACCGUUCCAACUUCUUCUUUGACUUCGGGAGUAGAGAAGGGCGAAGAAAUGCAUAUCAAGCAAUUGUUCAUGCACGACCUCUGUAUUUAAACAAUAUAUAUUUAGCUACUCAGAGACCUGGACAACUUUUGAAAAGAACCCAACUUAUGGAGCGUUGGGCAAGGUGGGAGAUUAGUAAUUUUGAGUAUCUAAUGCAACUCAAUACAUUGGCUGGGCGUAGUUAUAACGAUAUAACCCAGUAUCCAGUUUUCCCCUGGAUUCUUUCUGAUUACAGUUCAGAGAGCUUGGAUCUUUCUAAUCCUUAUUCUUACCGGGAUCUUUCAAAGCCUAUUGGAGCACUGAACCCAGAUCGCCUUAAAAAAUUUCAAGAGAGAUACUCCAGCUUCGAUGACCCAGUCAUUCCUAAAUUCCACUAUGGAUCGCACUACUCAAGUGCUGGAACAGUUUUGUAUUAUCUUGUUAGGGUCGAACCAUUCACUACUCUUGCAAUCAAACUACAAGGCGGAAAAUUUGAUCAUGCAGAUCGAAUGUUUUCUGAUAUUUCUGCUACAUGGAAUGGAGUUCUUGAGGACAUGAGUGAUGUGAAGGAAUUGGUUCCUGAGCUAUUUUACCUCCCGGAGGUCCUCACAAAUGAAAAUUCAAUUGAUUUUGGCACAACACAAUUGGGAGGAAAGCUCGAUACUGUAAAACUUCCUACUUGGGCUGAGAGUCCAGUUGAUUUUGUGCAUAAGCAUAGGAUGGCUCUGGAGAGCGAGUAUGUAUCUGCUAAUUUGCAUGAGUGGAUUGAUCUCAUAUUUGGGUAUAAACAACAGGGCAAAGAGGCUAUUGCAGCAAAUAAUGUUUUCUUUUACAUUACCUAUGAAGGGACAGUGGAUAUUGAUAAAAUAUUUGACCCAGUGCAACAGCAUGCCACACAAGAUCAGAUUGCUUAUUUUGGACAAACACCAUCCCAACUUCUUACUAUUCCACACUUGAAGAAGAAACCGCUAUCAGAAGUUCUGCAUUUGCAGACAAUAUUCCGCAACCCAAAAGCAGUCAAGCCAUAUGCCGUCCCAUCCCCUGAAAACUGCAAUCUACCAGCAGCUGCUAUCCAUGCGUCUUCAGAUAUGGUUGUGGUUGUUGGUUUGAAUGCACCAGCAGCUCAUAUUGCACAGCACAAGUGGCAACCCAAUACACCUGAUGGCCAGGGUACACCAUUCCUCUUUCACCAUGGAAAAGCUACGUCGGGCUCUUCUGGUGGGAUUAUACGCAUGUUAAAAGGUCCUACUGGGACUGGUGAAGAGUGGCAAUAUCCCCAAGCAUUGGCUUUUGCUGUUUCUGGACUUAGAAGCCAGGCUAUUGUCUCUAUAACAUGUGACAAAGAAAUUAUUACUGGUGGGCAUGCUGAUAAUAGUAUUAGGUUAAUAUCUUCAGAUGGAGCUAAAACCUUGGAAACAGCCUAUGCACACUGUGCUCCUGUAACUUGCAUUGGUCUUUCACCCAAUAGUGACUACCUGGUGACAGGUUCCCGAGAUACAACAGUAUUACUCUGGAGAAUACAUAGGGCUCUUGCAUCGCAUUCAAGUGUCAUAUCAGAAUCUUCUACUGGGACUGGCACUGGCACGCCUUCAACCAGCAGUAGUUCUUCAUCACAUUUGUUGAUAGAAAAGAAUCGGAGACGCCAUAUUGAGGGCCCUAUACAGGUACUUAGGGGCCACCAGAGUGAAAUACUCAGUUGUUGUGUUAACUCAGAUCUUCGAAUGGUUGUUUCAUGCUCCCACUCAUCAGAUGUUCUCCUGCACUCUAUAAGAAAGGGACGUUUAGUCAGAAGGCUGGAUGGUGUGGUGGCUCACACCGUCUCCCUUUCUUCUGAAGGGGUUGUUAUGGCUUGGAAUGAAUCAAAGCAUAUUCUCAGUACCUUUACUCUUAAUGGUGUUCUGAUUGCAAAAACAGAACUAUCUUUCUCUAGCAGCAUUAGCUGUAUGGAAAUUUCUCUUGAUGGAAGGAGUGCUUUGAUUGGAAUUAACUCUCAAGAAAAUGGCAGAGCCUACAAUAACAGUUGGAAUUCGCAAUCCAGUAAGUCAAGUAAUGAAGAUUUUUAUUCAGACUCAGAAGAAACUCACGAUAGCAACAGAAUAAAUACUCCAUCACCAUCAAUCUGCUUCUUGGAUUUGCACACUUUGGAGGUAUUUCAUGUGUUGAAGCUGAAAGAAGGACAGAAUAUCACAGCUCUUGCUCUAAAUAAGGAUAACACAAAUCUUUUGGUUUCAACUUCGGAUAAACAAUUGAUUAUCUUUACUGAUCCAGCUUUGAGCUUGAAAGUGGUAGAUCAAAUGCUCAAGCUUGGUUGGGAAGGUGACGGGCUUAAGCACCUCAUAAAAUGA